GUUUUUGACACAAGUUGGAGACAAGAUCUAUAAAUAUACCACAAUAUCCACGAUUAUCUAUAUAUAGACAUGAGCACUGUUUUGAAGUAAUACUUUAAAGUUGAGCUCAGAAAGAAAGAGAGAAAGAGGGAGAGAAAGUGUGUGUCUGACUGACUGUGUGUAUGAUAAUGGGGUCUCUUGGAGGUGAAGUUGCAAAGAAGAAGGCAAUGUGGCUCUAUCCAAAGGUCUUGGGAUUCAAUCCUUCUGAGAGAUGGGGGCACUCAGCCUGCUGUUCUCAUGGAGUUGUCUAUGUUUUUGGGGGAUGUUGUGGGGGUUUGCAUUUUAGUGAUGUUCUUGUGUUAAAUCUGGAUACAAUGGUUUGGAACACUUUUGUAACCACUAGUCAUGGGCCUGGCCCAAGAGAUAGCCACAGUGCUGUUCUUGUGGGGCACAGGAUGAUAGUGUUUGGUGGUACAAAUGGUUCUAAGAAGGUAAAUGAUCUUCAUGUAUUGGAUCUUGGGACAAAAGAGUGGAUACAGCCUGAAUGUAAAGGGACGCCACCAUCCCCGCGUGAAAGUCACACAGCCACACUUGUCGGGGAUGAUAAGAUGGUUAUCUUUGGAGGUAGUGGUGAAGGUGAAGCAAAUUACUUGAAUGAUUUACAUGUUCUGGACCUUAAGAAUAUGAGAUGGACUUCUCCUGAGGUGAAGGGUGAUGUACCCGUCCCUAGAGACAGUCACAGUGCUCUUGCAAUUGGUAACAAGCUUUUUGUUUAUGGUGGGGACCGUGGUGAUCGAUAUCAUGGCGAUGUUGAUAUGCUUGAUAUGGACACACGGACUUGGUCAAAGUUGGCUGUUCAAGGAUCUUCGCCAGGCGUUAGAGCAGGGCAUGCUGCUGUAAAUAUUGGGACAAAGAUCUAUGUCAUUGGAGGGGUUGGUGACAAACAUUAUUACAAUGAUGUUUGGAUCCUAGAUGUGAGCACAUGUUCAUGGACUCAGCUUGAUAUAUGUGGCCAUCAACCACAAGGGCGCUUUUCUCAUACAGCUGUUGUCACAGACUCGGACGUUGCCAUUUAUGGAGGGUGUGGGGAGGAUGAGCGUCCUCUCAAUGAAUUGUUGGUCUUGCAGCUUGGUGCAGAACACCCCAAUGGCCGAUACAAUAUUUCCAUGUGCAAAAUGUUUGGAAACCAUUGGAAUCAAGAAAAGAGACGGUUCCCAAGAGAAGACGAAAAUAACUUGAAAACUGUGCUCAUGGGGAAUAAUGUUGAAGUAGUAAGAAAGGGCAUUUAUGAACCAGAAUCAGAAACAAAGCAAUCUUUGCGGUUCAGUUCAGAUACAUUGCAUCCAAAGAGAAGAAGAACUGCGAGUUCAAAGGCGUGGGAGGUUGAAUCAGAACAAGAAGAACAUUCUCUUUCACUUUCCCAGCAUUCAUCUCCCUCACAAUCUGAUCAAGAACAGACCCCACUUAAGAAAUCUGCUGAUUCCAUCUCAGGCUCUCAAGGAUUUCAUUUGUUUAAGAAAAUUCCAAGCAAUUGCCAAUCUAACAACAGCCUUGCAAGUAAGCAGAAAGAGCUCAGAAACAUUGCCCAAAGAUCUCCAUUGGAUAUUCAAUUUCUAAGAGAACAUCAAAACCAGCCAAAAUCGGAGCAGUUUCUUCAUGUCGUUCAUACAGGUAGACAAGGAGCUCAAUACUCAGCAGUGGAACAGAAAUCAUUGGAGGGAGGACCUAUUCAAAACCUUAUUGGUGCUGAGGUCCGAGGUAAAGUUGAUGGAGCCUUUGAUUCAGGACUGCUGAUGACUGCUACCGUUAAUGGAAAAGUUUUUAGAGGGGUCUUGUUUGCCCCGGCGCCAGGAGUUGUUUCAAGAGGGCCAAAUCUUGCACAAAAUACUUCACCUCUGGCUAGCCAGAUAGCAGUUGGCCAACCAUUCCCAAACUCAACUCAUGUGGAAACCUUCAGGCCUUCCCCACAGCCAAUCAAGUACAAUACCAUGCCAGAGUCCAGUCAGAGCUUCCGGCAAGCUCAAGUGACUCGACCAUUUCCAGUCAUUAGAACUGCUCCAUCUUCAGCCAAAGAGCCAAAGCUCAGAAGUGAUCUUCAAGGUGUAGUUCUAACACUUGGUGGACCUGGAAGUGGUCAUGGCAGAUCAUAAACACAACAGAAUUCCAUAGCAGGAUGGACCACUUGGUCCUUAUAUUAUAAUAAAAUUUUGUAAAUUCUAUAUAGAAUUGUUCUUUUCUAAAUCUAUUAAUGGUUUCAGUUUCAAGCUUUCAUAGUUAGGUAAGUUAGUUGGUGCCUUAUGUCAACCAUCAGCCUAGAUGUUUGGUUGAUAAUGUAAUAUUAACAGUUAAAGACUUCCUUUCUCGAGGUAAGUUUAAUCUAAUUUUGUUACCUU